AGAUUAAAGUAUUAUUCCCGGACUGCAACGAACGAUUGUACAGGGACAACAAGGAGAGGAAAGUGAAAACAAACCAGCCGUCAGUGUGCGGUAUUACCAGCAACGUUAACUACUAUCGUACAUGUAGUAGCGAUUAAGUUAUUCUAAUACGUGAAAGGAUAGAAUGAUGCGACUUUUUCCAAUUCGCUCUGUUCUUCGUUUUCCUUUGUCGCUUUCUCGGCUGUUGUUUCCUGCUUUGCUCUUAAUCGUCAUCUACAUCUUCAGCCUCGUCGUGGUGGACUCAUUUUAUGCAGCAGAAAAUCCAAUACAAAUCGUGUCGCCCCAGCCACCAGACCAGCCAAAACAAUUAUCUCCUGAGUCUCCUCCACGGAAUCAAAAGUCUGGCGGGGAUGAGAAUGCUGUGCCUCAUCCGAAAUUCAAUUUGAUGGAAGAAACGUUCGGCAAAAAAUGGGUCAAGAAAUCGGAUGACAACUAUUUCUCGCCUGCCGAUUGUACUGAAGAGUAUGCCAACAAGAAUCAACUGCAACAGGACCAUCCGUGUGUCAUUCGGCUAAUCAAGCAGAAAUAUCUGCGCCAACCAGCGUCCAAAACUCUUCCUUAUCGACUGGGCGAUCCCCAAACUCUCGAUCCCUCUGACGGCCAAGCUCAGGGAAUUUUAAGGAUCUUGCGCAAUCAAACUAAAGGAUUUUUCAUCGAGUGCGGUGCGUAUGACGGCGAAACUCUAUCCAACACGUUAUACAUGGAGCGAUCCUUCCAGUGGAGUGGUCUGCUCAUCGAGGCCGAUCAAAUAUCGCACAGUCAACUCGUGAACCGCAAUCGUCGAGCCUACACUUCGCCCGUUUGUCUCAGCACCAAACCUUACCCCAUGGAAGUUGAUUUUAACGCAACCGUCGGGACUCUGGGAUCGAUUCUAGAGGAUCAAAAAAAUUCGGAUCAAACGUCGGACAAGAAAAAGACGGAAUCUGCAAAAGGCUCAGAAAACAUUUACAAAGUUCAGUGUUUCCCGCUGUACUCGAUGCUAGUCGCUGUGGGCAGAACUCGAGUCGACUAUUUCAGUUUGGACGUCGAAGGUUCCGAGUACAAAAUAUUGGCCACCAUUCCUUGGCACAAAGUCGACAUCAAGACGUUGACUGUGGAAUGGAAUCACGUCCCAGAAGGUGAAGCCGCCAUGACUCGAUUGAUGGAGAAGAACAAAUUCGUCAAGUUUGGUUUGAUUGAAAUGAAAUUCUCUCAUGAAGUAGUUUACGUCCAGGAUUUCCUGGACGACUUGAGAAAGUUCGAAGACUAUUAAAUAGGCUAAUAAUAAGACUUAUUUACCUUGAACCAAUUCCGGAAAAAAUCGUCCAAAAACGUAAAAAUGGGCGUAUAUGUAUUCAUCAAUUGCUGUAAUAGCCUGCAUCAACAGGUUUCAAACGAAAGAAAUUCAAUUAUUUCAUGGCAUUUAC